AUGAAGGUGAAAGCAGUCGAUUUGGGAAUCAGUGUCCCGGAGGACAAUGCGGCCGUCUCUUCCCCCGAGACAAUGGAGAUGAGCAGCGUUGCCUAUGCCAGCGGGAAGCAUCUUGGGAAGGGAGCCAGACCCCACGCACCAGCUGCUAGAUCUCGUUUUUUCUUGACGCUCUCUGGGUACGUACCAGGACGUGCCGGAGACCAAGCCACAGAUUCAUCCGCCGCCUCCGUGGGGCUUGAUGUCAGCUCCGGUGAAGCCCCAGGGAACAAAGCCCCAAGUGAGAGCAUGGCACUCCCGGCGGCAGCUGCAGCGGGGCCCAGCCCCGAUAAAACCCCGGGGCAGACCCCCGCCGAGGACCACGCCACCCCUGCCUCCUCGGGACCAGCGCCUCUCGGCCUUGAGUCACAGGGAGCAGCCCCCAGCAAGCGCAAGGACUCCAGCUUUUUUGAAAAAGUCUUCAAACUGGACAAGGGACGUGAGAAGGCACCAGUUGACAUCCAGCAUCAAGAAAUAGCUAUUGAAGUGGCUGGAUUAUCCAGGCCGCCCAGCGAUGUCCCAGCCCAGCAGGACCUAGUUGACAGCAAGGAAAAAGAAGGACAGGAAGUCACAACUGUCCCGGAGGCCCCAGAAGAACUGGAGAUUACAAAGGAGAACCCCCAGACCACAGACACUACAGAGAAUAAUAAUUCCAUCAUGAGUUUCUUUAAAACGCUGGUUUCACCCAACAAAGCUGAAACAAAGAAAGAUCGUGAAGACACGGCAUCCAAAACAGAGAGUAUCUGUGACGGACAAGCUGGUCAGAAGACAUCAGAGAUCCAGGCAAAAGACGCCAAGAAAAAGCACGUGGAUAGCCCCAGGCUAGCACUGGCCUUUAGAAAGUUCUUUAGGCAUAAGGGUGCUGAAAAGUCACCCCCCAGCUCAGCUGACCCCAAGUCAGACAACGCCAACUUUAUACCCCAGGAGACCCCAGGGGCAGCCAAGAAUCCUAAAGGCUGCAGCCCCUCGGGCCAGGUGCCGGCGGCAGCAUCUGCCGAGACAGCGAAGGAGGGUGGCAAGGAGAAAGCAGGACCCACCUCUCUGCCUCUGGGCAAGCUGUUUUGGAAAAAGUCAAUUAAAGAGGAUUCAGUCCCUACAGGUUCAGAGGCAAAUGUGGUGUGCCAGUCACCAGUAGAGAUUAUCAAGUCUGAGGACGUAGAAUCAACCUUACAAACAGUGGACCUCAAUGAGGAUGGAGAUGCUGCCCCUGAAGCCGCAGAAAUGAAACCCAAAAGAGAAGAAAGCACACCGCCAAGAACCUCGUUGAUGGCGUUUUUCAGGCAAAGGACCUCAGACUCCACAGAGAAGGCCACCACGUCACCGGAGCCGGAGCCAGAGCCAGCCACAGUAGGCCCGAAGGGCAAAGAGUGUUCCUCGAAGGACAAGAAGCCCGCGGCUGAGAUGAACAAGCAGAAAAGCAGCAAGCAAGAAGCCAAAGAACCUGCCCCGUGUGCAGAGCCCUGCGCGCUGGAGGUGAACUCUCUGCAGAGCGGGGACAAGUCCCAGAAGAGACCCGACAAGCAGCGGCAGUCCCUCAGGGGCUUCCUGAAGGGCCUGGGACCAAAGCAGAUGUUGGACGCCCAAGUGCAAACAGACCCUGUAUCCAUCGGACCCGUUGGCAAAUCCAAGUAA